AUGAAAACCUUGACACAGUCUGGUAGUAGUACAACUAUAGGGCAGAUGAGUGUUGGAACGUCAUCUUCAGCAGAAAAUGACAGUGUUCCAUCGAUGAUUGAAACAAGUGACAAAACAUUAUCACAGACACAAUAUGACAGUAAAUCAACAAUGAUUCAAACAGAAGGUACUACAGCUCUAUUUCAAAUAAAUGGGAGUACUCCACCCGAGGUUCAGUCUCCAGAUUCUACCAAAAAAACUCAAACAACUGAUCAUUCAAAUAAUAGUUCACCGAAGUUUCAAUCUUCCAAUGUUAUAACUAUAGGUAAAACAAGUGACAGUACAUUAUCACAGACAAUUUAUGACAGUAAAUCAACGAUGAUUCAAACAGAAGGAACCACAACUGUACUUCAAAUAAGAGGGAGUACUCCACCCGAGGUUACGUCUUCAGGUUCAACAUUGGAAACUCAAACAACUGAUAGCGGUUCACAGAAAUCUCAAUCUUCAAACGCUAUAACUAUAAGUAAAAUAAGUGACAGUACAUUACAACAGGCACAAUUUGAAAGUAAACCAACGAUGAUUCAAACAGAAGGAAUUACAACUCUACUUCAAAUAAAUGAGAGUACUCCACCCGAGUUUACGUCUACAGGUUCAACAUUGGAAACUCAAACAACUGAUAGCGGUUCACAGAAAUCUCAAUCUUCAAACGCUUUGACUAUAAGUAAAAUAAGUGACAGUACAUUACCACAGGCACAAUAUGAUAGUAAACCAACGAUGAUUCAAACAGAAGGAACUACAACUCUACUUCAAAUAAAUGGGAGUACUCCAUCCGAGGUUACGUAUACAGGUUCAACAUUGGAAACUCAAACAACUGAUAGCGGUUCACAAAACUCUCAAUCUUCAAACGCUAUUACUAUAAGUAAAAUAAGUGACAGUACAUUACCACAGGCACACUAUGAUAGUAAAUCAACGAUUAAUCAAACAGAAGGAACUACAACUCUACUUCAAAUAAGUGGGGGUACUCAAACCGAGGUUACGUCUAUAGGUUCAACAUUGGAAACUCAAACAACUAAUAGUACCCCGUCAACAGAAGUAUCUUACACAGCUGAUAGUACGACACUAAAGACACAAUACAUGGGCACAUCUUUAUUAACUUACACUACGAAACAAGCAACACAGUCUAAUGUAACUGUAAAGGCGGUUUCGACAAUGGAGACUAUAUAUGGUAGUACUAUAUCGGUACAACAAACAACUGACCGUAGAACUUCUGGCACACACACAGUUGGUACUACACCAGUACCUCAGUCGAAUGGUUCUGUAUCAUCUGGAAUACAAUAUGGCAAGUCUACAACGAUCUUUCGCUCAGCUGACAAUACUGCACAGUCUGAAAGUAUAACGGCAAUAGAUCAUACAACUGAAAAUUUUAUAUCAUUAUCACAAUCCCAGAGUAACACUCAUGGUAAUAAGAGAGAUGAUACAACAACAAUAGGAACUUCAAAUUAUAGUACACCAUCAUUGACCUCGCUAUUUGAAGGAACAACAACGGCAAAUAGAACACCGGAUAUACCAUUUAAGGCUGUUACAACAGUGCUCCAGACAAGUAGUAGAACAAAAUCUCAACCAGAAAUGGAUAUUACCACAGUUUUGAAUACUGAAAAUAAAGUAUCAGAUACUAAAUAUGCUGAAAAUACGACUGAAACUCCAACAACUGAAAAUAUGACAUCAGCGACACUGUCUAAUGGACAAAAUACUUCCCAAACAAUAACCCAAUCACAAAAAAAUAUGAUAACUGAAAUGCAGAAAAAUCCUUUACAUGGUAAGACAACAAUCCAGAAUCAAGCAGAGACAACAACUUAUAGUCAUGAUGUAACAACAGAAUUUCUGUACUCACCGACAACACAAAAGGCGGAUUCUUGCCACAGCGUUCCAUGUGAUGAUGAUGGGAUUUGUAUCUCUCUUUCCAGUAUUGAUUUCGUUUGUCAGUGUAACUCAUCCAAGUGUGGAACAUGUGAGUAUAUAUUUUAUUCUAUACAUUAUAAAACGUGCACACGAUGA